AUGGAAGCUUCUUUACCGGAAGAAGUGCUUCAGCCGCUGCUCAAUGCUUCGGAUUUAUCAUAUUCCCUACAAGAGUGCUUGCAGUUUCUUCUCGAGGUUUCCAGGACCGAUUCAGGCCGCUCCGAUCUCGCUUCGAAGGCUAUCCUCCCGUCGAUCAUUCGCCUUCUUCAGCUUCUCCCCUACCCAUCUUCCCGCCAUUACCUGAACCUCUCUCUCAAGGUCCUCCGAAACCUCUGCGCCGGCGAGACCUUGAAUCAGAACGCUUUCAUCGAUCACGACGGUUCUGUUGUCGUUUCCGACUUGCUGGAUUCCGCGAUCGGGGAUUUCGAGACUGUUCGGUUCGGAUUGCAGGUUCUGGCGAACGUUCUGGUGCUGGGAGAGAAACGCCAGAGAAAUGUGUGGCUGCGAUUUUUCCCGGAGAGGUUCUCGGCGAUCGCUAAGGUUAGGAGGCGGGAGACGUGUGAUCCGCUGUGCAUGAUUCUGUAUGCCUGCUUCGAUGGAAGCUCGGAGAUAGCUUCGCAACUUUGCAGCGAUGAAGGACUAAGCAUCAUCGCCGAAACCAUACGGACAUCAUCUUCCGUUGGGUCUGUAGAGGAUUAUUGGCUCAAGCUACUGGUUUCGAGACUCUGCGUUGAAGGCGAUUGCUUCCCUCCCCUCUUCUCCAAGCUAUACGAGGCUGGAAACGAAGCGUUUACAUCAGAGCAGGCCGUUCUUAUGAGGAUGGUGUCUGAUAUUGCAAACGAGCGGUUAAAAGAAGUGUCAGUCCCCAAGGCUGCAACUCAUGCCAUUCUGAGAUUAUUGAACCAAUCGGUGGACCAAGUUUUCGAUCAUGUUUCGAGUGAAAGAUCGGAGCUUCCAACGGGUUCAGCUGUAAUCGACGUGAUGGGAUACUCUCUGGUUAUCAUAAGGGACACCUGCGCCGGAGGAAGCCUUGAAGAACUCAAAGACGCCAACAGCGGAACAGGUGAUACUGUGGAGUUGCUCUUGUCCUCCGGAGUGAUAGAGCUCCUCCUCGAUCUGCUUCGCAGGCUUGAGCCCCCAACAACGAUAAAGAAGGCGAUGAAGCAGAGCCCUACUGGUUCUUGCUCAAAGCCUUGUCCUUACAGAGGUUUCAGGAGAGACGUUGUGGCUGUGAUCGGGAACUGCGCGUACAGAAGGAAAGAGGUGCAAGAUGAGGUGAGGGAGAGAGACGGGCUCUUCGUGAUGCUGCAGCAGUGCGUGACGGACGAUGAGAACCCGUUCUUGAGAGAGUGGGGCUUGUGGUGCGUCAGAAAUCUGCUCGAAGGGAACCAAGAGAACCAGAAAGCGGUUGCUGAGUUGGAGAUGCAAGGCUCCGUGGAUGUGCCUCAGCUCCGAGAGAUUGGUCUCAGAGUUGAGAUUGAUCCUCUUACAUCCAGGCCUAAGCUCGUUAAUGACACCUGA